AUGAAAAAUAAAAGAUCAAUCUUCUAAGAAUAACAGCCAGAUCAUGAUUUGAUUCGAAAAUAGAAUGAAAUCAAUUUAUAACCAGCAGUAUAAGUAUAUAGAAUGUAUACUUCAUUACAUACAGUAGCUCAAGCACAAUAAGUGGCUGACUCUUUGUCUUAAAUAGAUUUCAUACAAAAACAAUGUGAAAAGAGUAUGAAGGUAAGAGAUUUUGCUAUGUAUGCUGCUUAAUUUUUCAAAUAUGAACAUUACAAUUUCGGGCAAACAAUAAUGAAUCAAGGAGAUUAUGGAGAUAGAUUUUAUUUGUUACUGAAUGGUGAAGUAGGUGUAUACAUGAAACGGUCAAAUGAUGAUAUUGAGAAUGAUUUGGACAUCUUGAAUUAGUAGAGUAGUGAGGCUAACAAUGGUGCAAACAAUUCUUUAAAGAAAAUGAAGAGUGUUGUAUUGAAUUAACUAAACAGAUACGAUUUAGCCUUAAGAAUGUUAACAGAUAAUCCUAUGUACUAUAAUAAUGGAGUUCCUUUGUUUAAGAAAGUGUGGCAAUAUUAUUCAGGUUAGUGUUUUGGUGAUUAAGCACUAAUUCAUGAUCAGCCAAGAUCAGCAAGCAUAGUGGUAGUAUCAGAGGAGGCACAUCUGAUAUCAAUGAAUAAACAUGAUUAUAGAUUGGUUUGUGAGAAACAGAUUCAGGAAUAGAAUGCUAAUGUGGAUUAUUUUAUGAAAUUGUUUAAUGGAGCUAGCAAAUUUACAGUUACCAAAUUUAUUUAGAACUUGAGAACCAUUCAAUUCUCAGCAUAAACAAUAUUAUGGAAGGAGGGAGAUGAACCCAAAUUCUAUUUUUUGAUUUUGAAGGGUAGAGUGCAAUUAUAUAGGUAUAUUUCAGAGGAAAUGAUUACUCAACAUGCCAGUAGAAAGAAGAAGAAGAUCAUAUUAAGUCAAUUAUCAGAUAAUGCAUUUGUUGGUUAAGAAGAGAUAAUCGAAUCUCUUCCUUGUCGAUUGUAUUCUUGUUAGGUCUUGGAUAAUACAUCAGCAUAUUACAUGGAGGUUAAUGAAUUCAAUAAUCUCAAAAAGAACUUCCCUGACAUUGUGAAAUUACUGAAAGACAAGAGUUCUUUAAUUUCUGAAUAUAUGAAUAACAGAUAAAAUAACAUCAUUUCUAUACUGGCAUAACAUGAACAUCAAAAAUAGGAACCACCCCAAUUGAUGAUUACUGAAAGAAAAACUGUGUAAGAGAUAUUCAAAGAUCCACAUGAUAGACCAGACAAGAAUGACAUUAGAUCAUAGAAACCUAAGAUACUCUUACAAACUGAAAUUGCUCAUUAGAAUAUGUUGUAUCAUCUCAAGAAAAAACCAACUGAUGCCAAAUCUAAAUUCUUAAUGGUUGAUACAAGUCUAAUUGAGUAAAUCAGAGAUAGAGUAUCCAGAAAGGUAUGGACUGGAGCCGAAAAGAAGUAGAGAGUUAAAACUACCAAUCUUGAAGAAAACUAGAUUUUGAUUACCAGGGUUUAAAGUGCAAUCAAUAAAAAAACUACUCAAAUGCAGAGUUUUGAAUCCCUUGAAACUGUACUCUAAAUCACUUCUACUAACCCUUUUUUUACUUCUCCAACCUUUGUGACUUCCACAACUAACACUGUUCCUCUUAUUUAAAGAUCCUGGAAUCCAACAAGCAAAUAAUUAAGAGCUAAAUUAAAAAAGACGUUGAGUUGUAGUCGAAACACACUUCCUACUCGUCACUCUGAAAAUGAAGAUAUAUUCUCACAAUUCUAGCCCCCUAAAAGAAUUCAUACGUCCAAAUCUCCCCAAAGAAGAAUUUACUCAGCUUUUGGAUCUCACAAAAAGAAUGAUAAAUUUUUAAGUUAUUUUUGA